UUUCUCCAUCCACAUCAUCCGUGAGAGUGACGCCAGUUCCCAUUGUUGGUCCACGCCGCACCAUGUCGUUAGAACUGGACGAGAAGGCACUGGAGAGUGUCGCCAACAAUGGCGAGAUGGACUAUGACAAAUGGCCCGCCCUCAUCGAACCGCUUCUACAACGACUGAACGAUAUCGUCUACAAUGAAUUUCCUCUCCCAAGACCCUAUCAGAACAUCACUCGCGCAGCACCACCAACUUCACCUUCCCUAUCCCAAAGUACUCCAGCCAGAGAUCCCAACUCAACAACCCAGGCACCCUCAACACCCGUUCGCAAUCUCCCUCCUGUCCCACCCUUUCCAAAUUCUUCAGCGACAUCCACAUCACACGUCCCCGAUUCCCUUCCUCCAUCGCAAGACCCCUCCAGUCGAGACAAUAACGUCCUCACCGAACUCCCUGCUCUCCUCCUCCAACUCCUGACGGGGACCAUCCAAACGCUCCGUACCUCAUUUUCAGACAAGCCACCACAUACCAUUCAACGCCUUGCCGAACUCAUCCUCCAUCCCAAAGCUCACUAUAAGACUCUCCCCGCUUGGCUUCGCGCGCUGGAUCGCGUUGUUAGUGUGAGCAGCCCAGCGGAUAUCUUUCCUUUAUCCGAAGCACCACUCCUCGUCAACGGGGUCAACGGCGACCGUUCUGGCGGCGGCAUUUUAUGGAACAAUAAUACCGAUGCGCGUAAUGGCUAUGAUAGAGAUUCGCUAGGAAGUGACGAGAGUUUGGGUGGCGCCUUACUCACACCCAUACCCUGGCUACGCAAUGGCAUGGCGGGCAGCAGUUCAGAUGAUGAUAUUGAUGGAGGUGAUCACUCAGGUUCAUCCCUGGAUGCGAAUGGGAUUCUCGGCUCAGAUGGCAGCCUCGGUGAUGGUCUGAGUCUUAUUGGCAGUCAAGGCAGUGCGGACCCCAUGGUUCCAGACCGAGAAGACGGUGGUGUCACACAAGGUGAAUUGAUGCGGAUGGAGCAGGAGGCUGGUGUCGUGCCUCUGACACAGAAUCUCGCCGACACAAGUUCCCGAAUCAUGGGUGAUGAUGUGGAUGAUGACGAAGACGAAGACGAGGACCAGGACCAGGACCAGGAAGCGUAUCAGGACGAUGGCGAUAACCUACCACAUGCUCGUGGGCCCGAUGUCGUGGGGAGUGUCGAUCUGGGCAGAGUCGGAGGCAAAGACGUCCAAUUGCAUAUUGGCAGUCCACCCUCGACGAGUGAAGGAGGUCUUGCUGAAGAAGAGAUUGUUCCAGACCCGAAUGACGCCCAGACUGUUUUACCUACUCCACAGCCAUCUGAUCCACCAUCUGUCUCGACGACAAUAGCUACCGACGACCCAAACAUCACCUCUGCGUCGCCUGCGGAUGAUUUCGAAAUCAUCCUCAAAGAGGAUGCGGAAACCGAUGCCAUGCAAUUGGACGAAGUGUCUGAUAUUUCCUCGGCCCCGGCUCAAGUCUCUGGUGCCGCCACUGAUCUGGAAUCCUCCGGCAGUGGAGCAGAAAAGGACGGUGACAUCGUUCUUGUAGAUGCGGCUGGUGAUGGCCAGAAGGAGGACAACGAGAAGAAGGUUGAAACCCCACCAGCGACAGCCUCGUCGCCGCAAUCCAAUGAACCCAAUCCCGACCCAGAUACUACCACGACGUCGACUGCGACAUAGUGCGUCAGCAUGAUUCAAUAACAACAGAAAAGGAUCCCCUUGUCUGUACCUAUGUUCUCAAGUUGUUGGCUUUGACUUUGUUAUCAGCGUCAGCGUCAACGUCAGCAUCCGCAACCAUCGAUCCAUCGAAUCAUCGAAGACACGACCGCGGCUGUACUGGCUGUCAUGAUCUAUUUUUCUUAUAUCCUCUGUAACCUCUAGACAGGGCGGGAGCACGCGGAGGAAUCAUGAAAACGUCUAGACGACAGCGACCGAUUUAGUUUCACCGCGAUUGCCUUGUGGCUCUUGUCUUAGCGGUGUUCAUGUGGAAUGACCCCUACGUAACUCCUUAUGUAGAUUGGAUAGCUACCGUGUAUUUGGCGCCCGCGCCUAUGCUCAU